AACCUCUCGGGUGGAGAGUGCUGGUUUUCUUUGCCGGGGAAGGCAAAUGGAGCGCGGGGACCCAGGGACAGAUGCAGGCCUCCCCCAAUACGGGCCCCGGGGACCACACCCCCCCCCCCAUGCCGCUGUCCCUUCCCGCCUCCCUCCCACGCCUGACCGCGGGCUUCCUGCAGCCUAGCCGGGACAGGGCGGGGGGUUUUCGGCAGCUCGGGCCGCGCGGCCAGCCCGGGAAGGUAGGGCCGCGCCACUUGCCCCGCCCUCGAGGGGCGGGAGGCGGAGCGGGGCAGAAGCCGGCCGGCGACUCGGGCCGGGUCGCGGAGACGCGGAGCCCGCAGGAGCCGCCGCCGCCGCCCGUGCCGCGCGCGCCUGGGCAGCCGGGUCAGGGUCGCCGUCGGGGAAGCCGAGAGCACAGGCCCCAGAGUCAGCAUGAUGGAGCUGGAGCUGCCUCCGCCGGGACUGCCGUCCCAGCAGGUGCUGCUCGGGCCUUGAGAGCGCUGCGGUGGUGCCCGGAGCGGGGCAGGGGCGCGGGGAGCCGCGGCUCCGGAGUGGAGGGGGGGGCUGCGGCCGCCGGCUGCUCCUCCCGUCUGUGGCCGGAGCUUGGACUGCGCCUGCGCGGGGGCGGGCGGGAGGAGCUGGGACGGGGGGGGCGCGGCCGGGGGUGAGGGGCUUCUGCCCGCUAGGCAUCCGAGACCCUUGAGAGUGUCCAGAUGAGAGUCCGGGGGGCUCUGCCGGCGCGGGGAGCGAGGCAACGUGUCUGAUCGCGUCUCUGGUCGCAGGAGCCCCUCCCCCCGAGCUCCCCGGGAGGCAGCUGGGCAGCAGUGGGUGGACGCUGGCGGUCUGAGCCGGCGCGGCCCGGCCCUUCCGGGGCUGCGCGGCUCCUCCGCCUCGGAGCCGGCAAAAAAUGUGCCUAGUCACGGGGCCGCUCUUGGGGGAGCUGAGGAGAUGGAUUUGAUUGACAUACUUUGGAGGCAAGAUAUAGACCUUGGAGUAAGUAGAGAAGUAUUUGACUUCAGUCAGCGACGGAAGGAGCAUGAGCUGGAGAAACAGAAAAAGCUUGAAAAGGAAAGACAGGAACAACUCCAAAAGGAGCAGGAGGAAGCCUUUUUUGCUCAGUUACAACUAGAUGAAGAGACAGGUGAAUUCAUCCCAAUUCAGCCUCCGCAACACAUCCCGUCAGAAACCAGUGGCUCUGCUGACUUCUCCCAGGUUGCCCACAUUCCCAAACCAGAUACUUUGUAUUUUGAUGACUGCAUGCAGCUUUUAGAAGAGACAUUCCCAUUUGUAGAUGACAAUGAGGUUUCUCCAGCUACAUUUCAACCUCUUGUUCCUGAUAUUCCCAACCAUGUCGAGAGCCCAGUCUUCACUGCUCUUAAUCAGGCUCAGGCCCCUGAAACUGGCUCCACUCAGCUAGUCUCUGAUGACUUUGGCAAUAUGCAAGAAGACAUUGAACGAGUUUGGGAGGAACUCUUAUCCAUUCCAGAAUUACAGUGUCUUAAUAUUGAAAAUGACAAGCUCGUUAAGACUAGCAUGGUUCCAAGCUCAGAAACCAAACUGACAGAAAUUGACAAUUAUCAUUUCUACUCAUCAAUUCCUUCACUGGAAAAAGAAGCUGAUAACUGCAGUUCACAUUUUCUCAAUACAUUUGAGAAUUCCUUCAGCAGCAUUCUCUCCACAGAGGAGUCCAAUCAGCCGCCCGAGAACGCAUUAAAUUCAAAUGCCACAGUAAACACAGAUUUUGGUGAUGAAUUUUAUUCUGCUUUCAUAGCAGAGCCCAGUACCAGCAGCAGCGUGCCCUUCUCUGCUUUAAGCCAGUCACUCUCUGAACUUCUAAAUGAGCCCAUUGAUCUUUCUGAGCUGUCACUUUGUAAAGCUUUCAACCAAAACCACCCUGAAAGUACAGCAGAAUUCAAUGAUUCUGACUCUGGCAUCUCACUGAACACAAGUUCCAGUAUGGCAUCACCAGAACAUUCAGUGGAAUCUUCUAUCUACGGAGACGCACCCCUUGGCUUCAGUGAUUCAGAAAUGGAAGAGACAGAUAGUACCCCUGGAAGUGUCAAACAGAAUGGUCCUAAAACACAGCCAGUACAGUCCUCUGGGGAUACAGUUCAACCCUUGUCACCAUCUCUGGGGCAUAGCACUCCAGUGCACGAUGCCCAGUGUGAAAGCACACCAAAGAAAGAUGUGCCUAUAAGUACUGGUCACAGAAAAAACCCAUUCACAAAAGACAAGCAUUCGAGUCGCUUGGAGGCUCAUCUCACCAGAGAUGAGCUACGGGCAAAAGCUCUCCAUAUCCCAUUCCCUGUAGAAAAAAUCAUUAACCUCCCUGUGGAUGACUUCAAUGAAAUGAUGUCCAAGGAGCAAUUCAAUGAGGCUCAACUUGCAUUAAUUCGAGAUAUCCGAAGGAGGGGGAAAAACAAAGUGGCCGCUCAGAAUUGCAGAAAAAGAAAACUGGAAAACAUAGUCGAACUGGAGCAAGAUUUGGAUCAUCUAAAGGAUGAGAAAGAAAAACUGCUCAAAGAAAAAGGAGAAAACGACAGAAAUCUCCAUCAGUUGAAAAAACAACUCAGCACUUUGUAUCUUGAAGUCUUCAGCAUGCUACGUGAUGAGGAUGGAAAGCCUUAUUCCCCCAGUGAAUACUCCCUGCAGCAAACAAGAGACGGCAAUGUAUUCCUUGUCCCCAAAAGUAAGAAGCCAGAUGUUAAGAAGAACUAGGUUUGGGAAGAGCUGACCUUUUUCUGAGCUAGUAUUUUGUUUGUUUAGAACUGUUAUACUAAAGCUCCUACUGUGAUGUGAAAUGCAGAAAUAUACUUUAUAAAUAAUUCUAUGCAAAAAUUAUAGUUAAAACUAUCAUUUAAAAUAAUGUAAAACUUUUAAAAAGCAUUAAAAUAAGUUACUGGUAUGCUGAACCAAUAGUUUCACUUUAACUACAAACUUAAUUUCUUUAGAAUACCAUUUGGGGUUGUUUCUGUAUAAGUGUAAAUAUACAAACAAAAAAAACUUAUUUAUACUGUCCUUAUUUCAUUUGUUACAAUCAUAGGUUUUUACAAUUUGACAUCUGGCUAAACACAGUUUGUUGCAAAACUAACCACUAUGUACUUUUUUUUUUUUUUACGAAUACUGACAAAAAUGUAAUUUUUUUAUUAAAUUGUUUAGCUCUGGCAAAGAAACAAUUUAGUUUAAAAGCUGGUACUAAUAAAGGAAUUCUAUGACUGUAAAAUUA